AUGACUUGCACGAUCUCAAGGAUUCCUCUCUACUGGUGGAUUGCAUGUGUUUUAUCCUUGCUAUCUGGAGCAUUGCCUGGGAACGACAUAGCGGGCAAGGACGGAAAUUGGAGCUCUGUCUCCCCCAGUGGCUGCCAGCUCACGACUACCAGCCUCGGUACCAGAGCUAUCUGUACUCGCCUGGGUCUUCGGUCUGUUCCUCAAGAUCUUCCAAGCAACACAACACUUCUUGAUCUCUCCAUCAACCUGAUUACAACCCUUUACGACGAGUCUUUCACCUAUCUUCCAGACAUCAUCACACUUGCACUCCGAAGAAAUCAACUCUCGGUGAUAGAAGAAGGUGCCUUUGGGCAUUUGGGUAAUCUCAAACAAUUAAUCCUAGAGAGAAACCGCCUAAUGUCUCUUCCAGCAGGUUUACUUAGUUCAAAUAGACUUCUUUCGGUGCUCCUUCUUGGAAGAAACAAGUUGAGUUCUAUUCCGACAAAUGCUUUGCCGUUGUCUGAUAAUAUCAAUUUGUUUGAUCUGACCAACAAUAACAUCUCCUUCAUAAAACCCUCAGACUUCACACCCCUUCAAAACUACCUAGCUCGUAACAAUAUCAUUGACAUUGAGAAAAGCACCACCAUAACAUUUCCUUUCCUAGAAUAUCUGGAUCUUUCUUUCAACAGAAUCACAGAGAUCAAGAAAUCGUUGGUAAGGCUGGACUUAAGCGGGAAUUAUCUAGAUAUGUUAGCACCAGGAACUUUCAACCCUCUGAAGAGACUUGAAAUACUGCUCCUCUCUCAUUCUUCUAUCAAAGUCCUAAUUCCCAGUGUUUUUCACAGUUUGACUUCUCUCACAAAAUUGGAUCUUCGUGACAAUGAGAUCUCAGCACUUCCUGGAGACUUAUUUCAAAGUCAGUCCAGGCUUGUGGUCUUCUACAUAACCAAUAACAGACUUGAUUCGAUUCCAAAGACUCUAUUCAAUAGAUCCCAAUCUCUGCACCACCUGUUCAUGCAGCGCAACAGAAUCACCACAAUAGAACCUGGAACAAUAUUUCCUACAAACAGGACAACAAGAAUAGACGCAUCAGGAAACCCUUUCUCCUGUACAUGCGACUUGAGUUGGUUUGUUGAGUGGCUACGUUCAGGCAAUGUCGAGCUCAUCCAUCCUGACGACACACUUUGCUCACUCUCUUCCAUCAAAGACAUGGUGCAAUCGCCAAUCCUUUCAUUCCAUCCUGAUCAAUACUGUGGCAUUAAUAUUCUCAUCAUCACAGGUGUGUCCUUCUCCGUUGUUCUGGUGGCCAUCCUGUGCUUGGUGGCAUAUCGAAAACGUUGGUGGCUCAACUACAAGCUCUUCCUCCUAAAACUAGCCAUCUUUGGCUACGAGGAAAUCAACCAAGACUUUGAUGCCCAGGACUACGAGUACCAGCUCAACCUGAUGUACGAUGAGGAUGACCAGGAAUGGGUGGACCAGAUCAUCAAGCCAGUCCUGCAGGAGAGGUUUCCACAUCUCCAGAAAGUGGCCUUCGGCGAUAACAACCUCAACAUCGAGAUGUACUACAUCCCAGCUCUCCACUACGUCGUUGAGAACAGCUUCAAGACUGUCCUCUUAAUAAGCAACAACUCUGUGGAUGAAGCCUGGUUUCUGACCAAGCUACGCAUAGCCCUAGAGCACCUCAAUGACACCAGAUUGGACAAGGUAAUACUGAUUUUCCUUGAGGACAUCCAGGAUGAUGAUCUCCCGUACCUGGUCCGGUUGUUCAUGAGUAAGAACAAACCCUACAUGCUGUGGACAGAGGAUGAAGAUGGCCAGGAACUCUUCUGGGCUCAGUUUGCAAAGAGCAUGAGAGCCAACAGGGUGAUCAAUAGUGUUAUUCCUGUUUAA